AACGGUGCGGGCCGCUGUUGCGUGAUCGCCCCCGGGCGGCGCGUCCUGCCCGGCCGCGGCGGAUGUGAACUGGGAAGCAAGAAAUGGCAGUGGACCCACCCUAAGGAAACUUACCUGUUAGAGAAAAAUAAUUUUAUUUAAAAAUUUGGAUAGGUCAUAUGAACAAAGAAGGAACUGUACUACAGAUAAGAAUGGGUAAAAAAAUAAAGAAGGAAGGAGAGCCUCCACCCAAGGAUGUGUUUGAUCCUUUAUUGAUUGAAAGCAAAACAGCAGCAACAGUUGUGCUAAUGCUUAGCUCUUCUGAAGAGGAAAUUUUGGCCAAAGCAUGUCAUGCUCUAUAUAAAUUUGCAUCAAAAGGUGAUGAAAACAAAGUGACACUUCUUGGUCUUGGAGCAGUAGAACAACUGUAUAAACUGAUCUCACAUGAAGAUCCAAUUGUACGGAGAAAUGCCAUCAUGGUGUUUGGGAUCAUGGCUUCUAAUAAUGAUGUCAAGAAGUUACUGAGGGAACUAGAUGUCACAAAUUCACUUAUAUCACAGCUGGAGCCAGAAGAAGAUGUAGUGAUCCAUGAAUUUGCUACUCUCUGUCUAGCACAUAUGGCUGUUGAAUAUACUACUAAAGUACAAAUAUUUGAGCAAGGUGGAUUAGAACCACUUAUCAGAUUACUAGGUAGCCCUGAUCCUGAUGUUAAGAAGAAUUCAGUUGAAUGUAUCUACCUCCUGGUACAGGAUUUUCAAAGCCGUGCUGCGAUUCGUGCACUGAAUGUAAUUCCACCCUUGCUGGAACUACUGAAAUCUGAAUACCCAGUUAUUCAGUUAUUAGCCCUUAAAACCUUAGAAGUAAUUAGCAAAGACAGAGAAACCAGGAUAAUACUGGGAGAAAGCAAAGGAUUAGAUUGUCUUCUGAAGAUACUGGAAACCAAUGAAUUCAGCGAUCUACAUGUGGAAGCUCUUGCUGUGUUGGGAAAUUGUCUUGAAGAUGUGCAUACUCUGCAACUGAUUCAGCAGACAGGAGGCCUUAAAAAGCUACUUUCAUUUGUAGGAGUCUCUACUGUUCCUGAUAUUCAGAAGGAUGCAGCAAAGGCUAUUACCAGAGCAGCUUAUGACUCUGAAAACAGAAAAAUCUUAAAUGAGGAAGAGGCUGAGAAGUGUCUCAUAAACCUUUUGGAAAUUGAUAAUGACGGAGUUAAAGUUGCUGCUUCCCAAGCAAUUUCUGCCAUGUGUGAGAAUUUAGCUAGCAAACGUGCAUUUGGACUCCAGGGGAUUCCCCAGCUAGUACAGUUGCUAAGCAGUGACAGUGAAGAGGUAAAAGAAGCUGCAGUGACAGCAUUAGCUAAUUUGACAGCAGCCAGUCCUAGUAAUGCAAGUGCUGUUGCUGAGGCUGAAGGAAUUGAGCCAUUGGUAAAUACCUUGAAUGCUCAGAGAGAUGGAGCCAUUGCUAAUGCUGCUACAGUGCUUACAAAUCUGGCCACGCAAGAGCCAUUCCGUGUAACUAUCCAGAGCCGUGGUAUUAUGAGGGCGCUUGCAGAACUUUUGCACUCGAACAACAGCCAAGUGCAAAGCAAAGCAGCAUUUGCUGUGGCUGCGUUUGGUUGCGAUGCUGAUGCAAGAACUGAGCUAAGAAAUGCAGGUGGACUGGGACCACUUGUUGAAUUGCUGCAUUCUAAGAAUGAAGAAGUUAGAAGAAAUGCCUGUUGGGCUGUUAUGGUCUGUGCAAGUGAUGAACUAACUGCUGUUGAACUAUGCAGGCUAGGUGCUUUAGACAUCCUAGAAGAAAUUAAUCUAUCAACAGGGCGCAAAAAUAACUUUAGUGAAGCUGCUCUGGAAAAGCUACUUGAUAACAAUCUUUCACAAAAAUACAGCCAGAUGGGAUAUUUAUCAUCAAGUAAUAUCAUUACUGAUGGAUUCUAUGAUUGCGGUCAGAUAAGACCUGGAGUGAAAUUUUUAUCUUUGGAAGAACUGAGUAUGCAAGGGCUUACUGACCGUCGGGCCAUAAUCUUCAUUAAUGCUACACCACAAGAAGAUCUUACAGUAGAGGAGAAGGCACAAGAUUCAUUUUAUGAACAGACUACCUUGUCACCUUCUAUUUCAAGAAAAAGCAGUAGAGAAAAAGCAAGGAAAGGGAAGGGGAAAAAAGAAGAGGAAAAAUCAAAAGAAGAUAUUCAGAUUACAUCUAAAGUACAAGAUGAAAUAAAUCUAGAACGUUUACAUUGGCUACCACCACCUGACUUCAUGUUACUGGAUUACAUUAAUGAUGCUUCCAAAACAAUUCUACCACUAACAACUACCCGGGAACAGGUUGUGGCUCUUGCACAGUUCGUUGCAGGCAAGAUGGGUGGCCCGAUUGAAAGAGACAAACUGCAUGACUUCAGCUGGGAACUUCACAUAAGCGAAAUAGAAUUUGAACUGAAAUGCAACGUUGUGCCUAUUGGGAAAGUCAAAAAAGGGACAUUCUACCACAGGGCUUUACUUUUCAAGGUGAUAGCAGACAGAAUUGGAAUUGGCUGUAGUUUAGUCCGUGGCGAGUAUAACAGAGCUUGGAAUGAAGUUAAAGUGGUUGAAGACUCUCCUCAAGGAAUAGCUGGGCUUCUGCUUCCUCCUCAAGAGUAUAUUGUAGAUCUAAUGUUUGAGCCAGGCUUUUUGAUAAAACAGGGAAGUACAGAGGCAGAUCAGUACAAACAUAUUUAAUAAUCUUGACAAAUGUCACCAAAAUAACUCUUUUAAAGAUUUCUGCAUUGCUAAUAUUUAUGAAAUAUAAGGGGUUUCAGGUCCAGCUAUGAAAAAGCAGCAUAUCUGGUAUGUUGUCAUCAGAGUUUAAUUAAGCAUAUUUUAGGUAUCCAACUUCAAUGCUUAGAAAUUUCGUUAAUGUUUUGGUACUAUUUUAAAACUAAACUGUAAAACUACAGAUUAAAAUUUGGUAGAUCAAGAAUAUUUUGUAUGUGUUAAUAUUAUAAUACUUAUUUAAUAGGUUUAAAUUAUUUCCAAAAUACAGUGGAUUCGGUCUUUUCUUAUGUUCCUUCAACUCCCAUGCACAUUUAUAGGAAUUACAUGUCCAUGAAGCAAGAAAAUGUGACAUCUGGUGAAAUAACAAGUCACCUAAAAACAACUGGACAAUUUUUUGUGUGAAAUACCCAAGAACUGAGAAUUAGAAGAACCAAGAGAACAGUAUACUUUCAGCCUCUGUAGAAGACAUCCCACUUUUAUUUCUUGGAACUUGGCAGAGUUAAUACUUACAGAUAAUAACAUACUCUGGAUGAAAGUAAAUACUGUUUGUCCUGGCACAGGGAAGACAGAUGAUUGAUAAGUUAUUGCUUGCAAUUUCCUUUUAAAUUCUUUAUUUUUCACUUGAAGAUAAAAUGGACUCUGAGAAGGCAGCAGUUUUCAACAGUGAAUUUGUAUUUCUUGCAGCCUUGGCUCAUGGUGUUGCUGAAGUGUGGUUGUGCAUCUAGGAGAGAUAAAACACUGAAUACAACACUCUAGUAAACACUUUCUGGUGAAACUGUCAGGAAUGUACUGGAGUAUUUCAGGGAGUACCACUAUCAAGUGAGUUUACUGUGGAAAACAGAAAAAUUCCCGUACAAAAGUUAGGCCAAUGCAGGCAACAUUGUGCAAAACUGAAUUUCAGAAGACCAGAACGCCAGCAACAAGGCAUUUACUUCCUGUCCACCAAAAAUGUGAUUAAAAAAAAAAUGGGUGUCUGUGUUCUUUUAGUUUUUUAACGUUUGUAUAAGCACAGUCACUUGUAUAGUCUGCUUUGGUUUGAGGAGGUUUAUAUCUGUUGUAUUCAUUACUGCUUAUGAGCACGAUCCCAUCACUCCCCCUCCUUCCUCCUCUGACAUGCAGCAUGAUUUUCUGGUAGCUCUUUGGGGAACAUUUUCUCUUUCUGUUAUAAAUUCACUUAUAUGGCCUCGUGUUCAUUUCUUUACCUUAUGUUCAGCAGUACUCUCAACAUCAGAAUGAAGAACAACUCUGGAAACAAAAUGCACAAUAUGCUAGUAGAACUGAGUGGAAGGUGAUGAUGUGUUUCUUAUCAUUGCUAUGUGGCAGGUUAGGGGACUGAUGAAAAGUGAUAUGCUCUCACUGACAGGCAUGACUGGGUAUAGAAACCUGCAACUUUGAAAGUGCAGUAAAUGGAAGUAAAAUAAGAAUUAAUUUCCUACUAGCUAUCAUUUCCUAUAGUUUUCCUACAUUGGAAUUUCAUUAUUUUGUAUUGCAACUAUAAUGUUAAACUGUGACUUAUUCUGUUUAAGGAGGUCUUGAAA